AUUAGUCCGUGGUAUCAUAUGUUUCUUAAUUCACAGAUCUGACCGAAUUAUUCUGUCGGCCCAACCGGAUCAUAAUAUAGUUUAUUACACAGAUAUAUUAAAAAAUAUGUUUUAUAUACCUACCUGUGGUUUAUUAGAACGUUAUAUUACAGUGAUUUACUAGAUUGCGGUGCCGUGAAAAAAGUUUUUAAAGAACAUUCACCAGAUGCCUUAUCAUUGCGUAACCAUUCUAUCUAUAACCGUGCUCUGAACGUCUUAUCAUUUAUCAAAUUCUCGCCUUCGUCUGAGAAACUGAACACAUUACAUAUAUUAUUUUCGAACGUCAUUUUUCCAGUUUUUUUCUUAGUGUAGCUUUCAAGCUUUGAUUGACCAGAUCAGAUAUUUGAUGAAAGUUGAAGACCGUCACUAACCGUCAAAAGUGUAAAGUCAUGGCGUCUUGGGAAGGUACCAGUUUAAUAUGUACAUAUUUUCGCUUUAGACUGUCCACAGACCAAUCGAGGUGAUGUGGUAUGAAUUGUGUCUUGUUACAAAUACAAAUAUAUGUGUAUACAUUUUUUAGACAUGUAGCACUCAACACUUAAAUACAAACAGCUUAUAUAAAUUAAAAAUGAUUGUUGCUUUAUCAAGUUUUUUUGUGUCAUAAACUUAUCAUAUACCUAUUGGUUUUAUAAAUGCUUGAAAACAUAAACAAAAAAUAUAUACCUACUUUAUAUUAAUAAAAUAUAAAAUAUUUGAACACAAUUGUUAAUAAGUCUUGUCUUAAUUAGUAUAAAAAAAGUAACAUUUUGUCUGUUCCUUAAUUAAUCGGAUGGCAUUUAGCUUAGACCCAGAUGGAAUAUUAGGUAUAUUCAAUCAAACUGCCAAUCAUGAAUCAAAAAACAUAGAUUUCCCAAAAAUAAUUUGUCAGAUCAUUUUAAGAAUAGGCUGAUAGUAUAUAUGCAAUAUUUUCAAAUUCCUAUUUUAAAUAAAAUAAUAUAAUACAAGUUUUAAACUUUACACUUUAAAAUGUCAAUCAAAAUAAGCAACAUAGAUAUUAACUGAUAAAUUUUUACCUACUGUAAUUUAUAUCUCCUUGCCACCACCAAACUGUAUCUUUUAUAUUUUGAAUACAUUUAUAAUCUGCUAUUAUAUUUUUAGAUUUAAGGAAACAGGCCAGGAGACUGGAAACUGAAAUUGACUCAAUGUUGGUUUCAUUGAGUAAAAUAAGUACAAGUAAUCCAAUGAUGUAUGGUGAUGAUGAAUCACAAUUAUUGUUAUCGGACGAUAGAUUUGAAACUGCCACUUCAGAAAUCGAAGAGCUUUUGUCCAAGGUAAAUUUUCCUACAUACGAAUGUUCACAAUUAUUUGUCAUUGAGUUUUUAGUUAAAUACAGUCAAUGAUAAAAUGGGAGAAUGGAGUUCCAAUGGAGAACAAUCUACGAUUUCACAAAACAUGCAUACUGUUCAGCGCCAUAGAGAUAUUUUACAAGACUAUACUAAAGAGUUUCGAAAAAUACAAUCCAAUGUUAGGGCUCGAAGAGAAAGAGAAUAUUUGCUGCAUAGUGUUCGACAGGACAUAGAGUAAAUACUUUUAGCACAUGUUUAACAUGUAAUUAACUUUUAUUAUUUUUAGUGGCUAUAAGAAUUCCGGAACAAAAAACCGGCGAAUGGAUUUAUAUGUUAAAGAACACGAGCAUGUACGUAAUUCAGACCGUUUAGUAUCUGAUCAAAUAGCCAUUGCAAUGGAAACCAGGGAACACUUAGUAUCACAACGACAUCAUUUUAAACGUUUACAGUCAAGGUUACAUGAUUUGUCAAGUAGAUUUCCUGCUCUCAAUACCCUUGUUCAAAAAAUAAAUAUGCGUAAAAAACGAGAUUCCUUAAUAAUCGCCGGAGUAAUUGUUAUAUGCACAUUUAUAAUACUUUUAUAUUCUUUCCAUUAAGCAGUUGAAUAUUUUAUAAAUUAUACAACAUAUAUAAUAUAUGUUGUAUAUAUAUAUAUAUAUUAAUACAUAAGUUAGAUUGUUAAAAUAUUAUGGGUAUUAUUAAGUGUUUUAUUUUAAUAAUUAAAAAAUAAAUUUUAUUUUAAUUAAUUAUACAAAUAUUAAAAAAAAAAAAAGUAAAAUAUUAAUUUGAACCUAAAAAUCAUACGGUAAUGCUUUGAUUUCACUAUGACAUUCAUCAUACAAAUUUGCAUAAUUUUCAUGUUUUCUAAUAAGCACCAUGACUGCAGAUCGUUUAACACCCAUGGCUGAACCCAAAUCUUCACGUGAAGGAACAUAACAAUAUGGCAAGUUUUUGGUCUCGCAUACACCCGGCAUAUGACUCAUGAUAUCAAUUGGUGAAAUAUCACCAGCAAAAAUUACUAAGCCAGUUUCACCUCUUCGGAUUCUUCUCUGGACCUCUUUUAAACCCACUCUUAAAUAAGUUUUUUCCUUAUAUGCUA